AUGAAAUUAAAAAAAAUAUUCCAGUUCAUAUUUCUUUGCUUGUCAUUUAUAAGUCGUUUGAAUGCAAAUCUUGUUAAUCUUAUUACAUCAUUUGUUAUCUCUGAGGAUGCGCCAAGCGCUUUAUUAACUCCGGAAUUAUGUUGGAGUCCAUUUGAAACUUUGACGCUGGCCAGGAAAUUAUUUAAAGAAAACGUUUUCUUAGCGCCUUCGCUUCAAACGAACAGAUCCGAGUAUUUUCUACACCAAAUAGUGUUACUGGCUGAUUUAUCGUGUCCGGGAAUCGAGUUGUUUUUAAUACAGGUCAGUAAUCAAGGGUACUUCAAGUCCCCAUAUAGAUGGUUAUUACUGGAUUCCAAUGUCGGAUCUUACAAAUUCAAUUUGUUUAAUAAACUCGACAUUCCUCUCAACAGCGAUGUAGUUAUUGCGAAAAAAAUUAAUGAUAAAGAGUACCAACUCGUAGAAGCAUAUAAAGUGUCGGUUAGUUCUGACGUAAUUUACACGACGAGAGGCGCUUGGCGAUCCUCCAGCGUUGAAUUUAAAAACAAACAAAUAUCAAGCAAUUUACUUAUAGAAAUAGCAGGAAAUAACACAAGUAAUGUGACAUUUAGCGAUAGUGAAGAGAGAAAUAGAAUCAACCUGAAGAUAACAGAAUAUGGUAUAAUGAAAGAUUACAGAGAUACAAAAGUAAUUUCCAUAAGAAGGAAGAACUUGCGAAGGCAUACUCUGACCAUGGCGAAUGUUAUCACAGAUAGCAACGAGACCAGGAAACAUUUAGAUGACAGACUAAAUCUACAUCAAGAUUCCAUAACCAAGAUGUCAUAUAUGGUCGUCCAGAUAUGCUUCGAAAUGUUGAAUGCGACGGAGAAGCGUAUUUUUACACACACUUGGGGUUAUAAAGACAAAAACGGCAAUUGGCAGGGAAUAAUUGAUCAUCUACUCAAGAAGGAAGCUGAUCUUGGCACUCUUACGAUAUUCACGCAAGAGCGAAUGAAAGCUAUAGACUAUAUAGCCAUGGUUGGGUCUACGGCUGUUCGGUUCGUAUUUAGAGAACCUCCCUUGGCUUUACUCGAGAACAUCUUCGCUUUACCCUUCACGACAGCGGUAUGGGUCGCGAUAUUCAUCUGCGUCAUGGGAUGUGCCUUGUUUUUAUAUAUUACUUCGAAAUGGGAGGCUACUGUUGGUAUGCAUCCGUUGCAAUUAAAUGGAACAUGGGCGGAUGUGCUGAUUUUGAUAAUUGGCGCCGUUUUGCAGCAGGGUUGUACACUCGAACCUAGAUAUGCAGCAGGUAGGUGCGUUACUCUACUUUUGUUCGUGGCAUUGACAAUCCUAUACGCGGCAUAUUCUGCUAACAUCGUGGUCCUACUCCGAGCUCCAAGCUCUUCAGUAAGGUCUUUACCGGACCUCCUAAAUUCGCCCUUGAAACUCGGCGCAAGCGACUUUGAAUACAAUCGUUAUUUCUUUAAGAAACUAAAUGAGCCGAUAAGAAAGGCAAUCUAUAAUAAAAAGAUUGCACCCAAAGGGAAGAAACCAAAUUUUUACACCAUGAAAGAGGGAGUCGAUAAAAUAAGAAAGGGCUUAUUCGCUUUCCACAUGGAAUUGAAUCCAGGAUACAGGUUGAUUCAAGAAACAUAUCAGGAGGAGGAGAAAUGUGACCUCGUGGAAAUUGAUUACAUCAAUGAAAUUGAUCCUUGGCUACCAGGACAGAAACGUUCGCCUUAUAAAGAUUUAUUUAAAAUCAGUUUCAUCAAGAUCCGUGAAACGGGUAUUCAAUCAAACAUCCAUCGUCGUCUCCACGUCGGCAAACCGAAAUGUUCCGGCAGCAUUUCAACCUUCAGCAGUGUAGGAAUUACUGAUAUGUACCCAGCUCUUAUUGCCACGUUGUACGGCAUGCUUAUAUCUAUCGUUGUACUCAUACUGGAGAUCACAUACAAGAGGCUAUUACUCCUAAGAGAGAAGAGGAGGACUCAAACACAGCUCGAUGGCAGUAUUGGAGACGCAAUGCUUUUGACAAUAAGUGCUUUAAGCCAGCAAGGUCGUAUAAUGUUAUUCGUAGUAUUUACUGCAUUGAUGGCUCUUUACGCGGCGUAUUCGGCUAAUAUCGUGGUACUAUUACAAGCACCUUCCAACACGAUAAAGACGUUAGAACAGCUCGCUCAUUCUAAGAUGACCAUUGCCGCUUUAGACGUAGAUUAUAACCAUUUUGUGCUUAAGGCCCAAAAAGAUCAACUAAGACGUUUGAUUUAUAAAAAAAUUGAACCGGAAAUAGGAAAAGGGAAUUUUUAUAAUUUGAAUGAAGGCGUCGAACGUGUGAGGCAGGGCUUAUUUGCGUUUCAUUCGCUCAUGGAAACAGUAUACCGACGCAUUGAGGAAACCUUCUUGGAGACAGAGAAGUGUGACCUGGUGGAAGUUGAUUUCAUGAAUGCUCUAGAUCCGUUUGUACCAAUAUACAAACAUUCACCUUACAUAGAGUUGCUGAGAGUUGCGUAA